AUGGCUUUUCUGCGUGGUGUUUCACUGUUUUCGUCAUCAGCAUCGUCGACAACACCAGUUAAUGAGGCAACUAAUCAUCAAGAAACGAUCGAACGUCUCUGUGAUCGUCUGCAAUUAGCAACACGAAUCGAAGAUCGACGAGAUGCUGUGCGUGGUUUGAAAGGCCUCUCUAAAAAAUGUAAACUCGAAGUCGGCACACAGAGCAUGAUCUUACUAGCAAAUGUCUUACGAGGAGAUCGAACUGAUUUAGAUCUCAUUCAAUUAGCAUUAGAAACGUUGACGAAUGUCAUGACAUAUGAAGCUGACAAUAGCGAAGAACAGCCAAAUUUACCACAAGAUAUCACUGUUCAAUUCACAGAAUUAUUUGUCAAAAAUAAAGAAAAUGUUCAUGCCGCUCUUGAUCUGAUUGAAGAAACUGAUUUUAAUGUUCGACGUGCUGCGAUUAAAUUCCUAACGAUACUUUUGACAAACUGCACGAAACUACUACAAGAUAUUACUCUCGAGAGCGGACCAAUGGGUGUAUCAAAACUAGUUGAUUUACUGCAGGAUGAACGUGAAGUGAUUCGAAAUGAUGCGCUUCUUCUUCUUCAAAUUUUAACACAAUCAAAUGCAAAUAUUCAAAAAAUAGUCUCGUUUGAGAAUGGUUUCGAACGUUUAUUCGAAAUUCUUAGCAGCGAAGGUGGUUGUGAAGGAGGCGUCAUUGUCCAAGAUUGCUUAACUGUUUUACUGAAUUUAUUGAAAAAUAAUGCAUCCAAUCAAAGUUAUUUUCGUGAAAGUUCCUUUAUUCGCCGACUCGUUGACUUUUUUGAACUGAAUUCAAUCGGUGACAAACGUUGGUCAACGCAAAAAAUCACUAAUAUUCAUCUUCUAUUACAAGUUAUUCGAACACUUGUGUCACCGACGAAUUCAGUGCAGCAUAUUACGCCAUGCCAACGAACGGUUAGUCAAUGUGGUCUUCUACAUCGCCUAUGUGUCAUGCUUACAGUCUCUUCCAUACCAGCGGAUGUUCUAGCAGAAACGAUCAAUACCAUUGGUGACAUUAUUCGUGGUAAUUCUGAGAAUCAACAGUUUUUUGGAUCCGUGAUGAACACGACCAGUGAUUCUCAACAGCCAAUCUUAUUAAGCCUUCUAUAUAUAAUGGUCACUGGAGAGAAGCAAUCAUUCCCUCUUCGAAUAUCGAUUCUAUAUUGCUUUCAAUGCUAUUUAUAUAAAAACGAUUAUGGGAAAUCAAUAGUCAUACAAACAUUGUUGCCUCAGUCUCAAGCCGCGACCAGUCAAUAUACAUUCGGUCAUCUCUUAAUCGUUGGCUAUUUGAGUAAAGACAUAGUUGCAUCAUGGUGUUCAAGUAUUGCGCUCUCUCAUGUUAUCGCUGACAGUCAACAGUUUAAAGAAGCGAUCCUUCAAGUAGUACUUGCAACUGAUCCAUCACAACCCGACGUGAAAACUCUGAUGGAUAUUUCAGUUGAUCUUCUACAGAAUUUAAACUCGUCGUUCCACACUCGAAUUGCAAUACUCACUUUCCUAUGUACAUGGUUGGCGAAUUGUACGUUGGCCGUUCAAGCGUUCCUCUCUUCUCAAAAUAGUAUUUCCUAUUUAAUCACACAAAUUUGUGCACAUUCAAGUGUAGAUGAUCGAGAAAUUCUUAUUCAAUCUCUAUGCUCCUUUGCGUUCGGAUUAUGCUUAGUAUUCAACAAUAAUCAGAUAUCGACAUAUUCGACAGAAUCCCUUGAGCGGCUCAUCAAUAAACGUAUCGGCGUUGAGCUAUUCCAAGAAAAACUUGAAAUUCUCUCCAAAUCCGAUCAUUAUGCUAAAGCUUUACGAAAACCGCAAUUGAAACUAUCAAAAUCCAAUGAUAUGAUACUUGACUACGAAUUCGCUCGGCUCUACAAAAUUCUCGAAGGCUCUAUUUCUCGAGCGCUAACCACCCGACCCACCGAUGGUCAGACAAAACCGCCUGACCAAACGUCGCUCAUGCUUGCACAAUACGCCGAGUUGAUUCAACAACAAAGUCAACAAAUCGCUGCUUACCAGCAACAAGAAAGGCAAUUUUUCGAAGAACGUAAUUAUUAUCAAACGAAAACCGCAGAACUUGAACAAUCGUUACAAGCGCUGCGUGAUGAACAUUUACAACUACAAUCAUCAUCUGAGCCAAAACAAACUCCUGAUGAUGGUCUGCGAACGCUAUGCGAACAACAACAAGCAGAGUUGGAAUAUUUGAGAAAUAUGAUAGCUUAUCAACAGCAACAGUUUUAUCAAUUAUCACAAACUACAGUUAGACUAGAGAAUGGUGUUGAACAACUUAGUUUAAAUCAUACUGAGAAUCAAAAUAUCCAAAAUGACGAGCAAGUGGCGUUAAAUGCGCGAAUAACUGAAUUGCAAACAAAACUGAAUGCAUCGGACGAACGAUGUGCGACACAAACUUCAGAAAAUUCUCGUCUUCAGUUGGAAAAUAACAUUUUACAAGAAAAAUUAACCAAUGAAAAACGAAAAGUUGGCAUUCUUGAAAGUCUUCAAGGUCAGCUACAAGAGAUCAUCGAUGAAAAGACAAGUUUGAAUAAUGAAUAUCAAAAGCUGAACGCAAACUAUCAACAAAACAUCAAAGAACAAAACGAUUUACUCGUUCUCUGUUCCACCUACGAAGAUCAACUAAAAACCUGUCGAAAUCUAAUGCAAUCAGCUGGAUUAAUAGUACCGAACUUUUUAAUCGAAAUGGAUAAUACCGAAUAA